AUGGCUCGUGUCGAUGAUGCUGUUGAAAGAAUACUCAGAGUGAAGUUUGUUGCCGGUCUCUUCGAAUAUCCUCUUACAGACCGAUCUUUGUUGCCUACCGUUGGUUGCAAGAGAAAGUCGUUAGUUCUGCUGAACAACGGCAACUGUGGACGGUUUUUGCCACUAGAUUGCAACGCCGAGAGAAUUCUAGUUGUUGGAAAGCACGUGGAUGAUCUUGGAUAUCAGUGCGGUGGAUGGACAAAGACAAUGUACGGUCAAAGCGGAAGGAUCACAAUCGGCACAACGCUUUUAGAUGCCAUAAAAGCGGCAGUUGGAGAAAAAACAGAAGUGAUCUACGAGAUAUAUCCGUCAAAAGAAACCUUAGCCUCAGGAAAAAGAUUCUCUUAUGCAAUUGUUGCGGUGGGGGAAGCGCCCUAUGCAGAUACUAAUAAGGGGGUAACUCAGAAGUCAUAA